UAUGAAUGUACAGCUGUAUGUUCGUAUAUUGGUUGAAAGGACUUUUUCCAACCAUCCUGUUGACUGUUGUCCAUGUCAGCAUGCCUUGGGCUGUAGAGUCCUGGGGUUUAGGAAUCAGAUCUGGGAAGGGGGGGUGAUGAGCAGCCCCAAGAAGGUGAGAUUCCUUAGCACCAGAGGCCUUCCCGGGGAGGCAGGGUGAUGAUUUAGGGUGGUUUAGGGCAUGGCAGCAUCACAUGAGAACUGGAGCUGGGUGACCAUGGAGGUCCCUUUAAUUCCGAUGAAUCUGAUUCCAGACCACUUUGCAUAGCAACUGAGACAUAAUUAAGCGGUUGUUGAUGCAUUUUGAAAGUUGAUGUUUUGGGCAUUAUGUGGCGUAACUGCUCAUUAUUAUGGCCUCUGGUCACGGGGAUCUGGGUUUGAAGCCCUGCUGCAUACCUUGAUAAACCUAUGCUCUCCUGGGCACAUCUCCUAACCUUUCUGUGCCUCAGUUUCCUCAUCUAUAAAAUGAGAGUAACAAUAGAGCCUGUUAAAGGUUGUAGUGAGAAUGGAGGAGAGAGAGCAUAAGAAGCUCUUCGUGGGUGACACACACACAGUAAGUGCUCCGUCCCUUGUUGGCCAUUGUUGUUAAGAUCGACCUUGUGGCUCUGGUUGGAGGCCCCUGUCUGGAACACUCGGGUCCUCUGAUGACCCAUCUGGCCCUAUAAGGUCAGUUUCAACUGUCUCCCCAGCUCCCAGCCUUGAUCCUGACCCAUACCUCCCCUACCCGUGUAACUCCAUCCCAUAGUCAGUCCAGUGGGACAUCAGGGCAACCCUGGCCAGAACACCCCCACUCUGAUAGCUUUGACCUGGCCCAGAGUCUAUCUAGCUGGGCCCCUGGAAGAGAUAGAGCAUCCAGUUCCAAACUCUGAGGCGCCAUUGCUUCGUGCUCGGGCCAGGGACACUCAUUUAUUCCCUAAACGAAUCAGAGUCCGAGAUUUGUCCACAUGCUGCCAAUCCAGGGAGGAUGAGGAUUCUGCCUGGCAGUGGCUCAGCUGCCUGCCUUUGGGUUGUGCAAAUGACACUUAUGCAAACAAAGCAGCCAUUUCGGCUCCUACUCCCUUUAGGGUUCCUUCCUGAAAUAAAGGACGAGGCUUACUCUUCAGAGUGCUUCAGGUGUGAGCCCAUGGCAAGGUGCCCUGUCUGUCCUCUCCUCCCUGAGGUCCCACGUUUGGUCUCCUGUCCACACAGCAAGCAGCUGGAGGAUUCUCCUUAAACCAUCCCAACUGCCUGCCCUGGGGCAUGGGUGGGAAGCUUGGAAAUUGAAGUCUGAGGACUUAGAAGGCAUCAUUAGGUCCAACCCCACUAUUGCAAAGAUAACACUGAGGGCCAGAGAGAAGAAGAAAGUGCCAAUCUUAACGCUGAUUGAGGAGGAUGUGCUACCCUGCGAUGACUCUACCCCCAGAAAAAAAUCACUACAGAGUGGUCUCAAUUGUCAUCAGUUUUGCCUUUUUUCUAUGAGAAUUUUCUUUUUUGAGAGGGCUGGAGAUCUCCAUGCAGGGCUCUUCCUAGAAAGGGUGUUUUACUUAGAUUUGACCUUUACUAGGAGGGGACAGCGUGGCAGCCCCAUGCUGCGGCACCUCUGCUCUGGGACCUGGGAAGAUAGAGCCCUGAGCAGCUUCAUCCGUCUCUGGGGAGGGGUCCGCGUGGGAGAGGAUGGUGAGUAGGGGAUGAAGGGAGGAGGGGGAGGCUGGGCCUUCUGGCUGCCUUUAAGAGGCCUCCUGCCCUCCCCGGCCUCAUAAAUCUGGAAACUGUGAGAUCCUGAGAUGCUGACUCAGUAAGGGUUGGAGGCCCAUUUGCAUGGUGUUUCUAAGGUGAUGUAGCUGCGUGCAGCUUGAUGUGGUAAGAAAAGCACUUGUUUCUGAAACAUGCUUCCCAGAGCUCUCCUUCCGAUGACACCAGUCCUGGCUUAAGCACGGACUGUAAAACAUUUAAUAAUCCUCUUACUACGUUCCUCACACUGAGCCCCUGGAGCUCAAAGUUGGAGCCCGUCAUAGUCCCUUGGAAGACUGGGCCUGCGGCUUCCCGGUAGGUGGAUGUUUAGAGGGCGUCACCCAAAGGUAAGCCCAUGGACGCUCCUAGCCUGGUCAGAGAAGCCCCCAAAGCAACCCAAGGUGCUGUGCCUGCUUGCGUGACCUGUUGUCUAGCUCCAAACAGCUAGCAUUACCUGUUCUAAGCAUCUGGCAUUACCUGCCUGCUUAGUCACCUUGCCUCUGGCUUCCAACAGCUGUAAGGCCCCACCCUCUCCCCGCCUCCUUCCAUUUGGGGUCCCUCCCUCUCCUUUUUUUUCUUGUAAGGAUCUGGAGGCACCAGAUCCACAAGUUCUGACGUCUUUAAAAGCAUCAGCCCGAGCAAUAAGGCUCAUUUGGGAGCUGUGACAGUCACCUGGAGUCUGGUGAAAGUCCAACAGCCAACCCCUUUCAGCCUCCAACUGGACACCAUGAGGGCCUGCGUACCCCUGCUAGUGGCCAUGCUCUGUGGCCUGGCCUGGGCUGACAGAACGGAAUCAUGCGCAUCUCGCUGUUAUGAGAAAUUUGACAGGGACGCUGCCUGCCAGUGUGACCGCCGGUGUCCCCAGCACGGGGACUGCUGUGAAGACUAUGAGUACCUGUGUAUCGCUGAAGAGGACUCUGAAGAGCCAGAGCGAUUCUUGGAGCUGGAGGAAGAGACGGAGGGGGCCCCCACGGGCAACUUGUACUCGGCACCCAACUCCUGCCAGGGCCGCUGCCAGGAGCCCUUCCACAAGCACCACCCGUGCCACUGCAAUGCUCGCUGCCAAGAGUUUGGGAACUGCUGCGAGGACUUCGAGAGCCUGUGUGGCCAUGAGGGCUUCUCCCGCAGCAGUGACGCCAUAACCAAGGAGGAGCUGCAGGGCGUCUCUGAGAAGAUCUACAGGGCAGAUACCAACAAAGCCCAGAAGGGAGACAUCGUUCUCAACAGCCAGAAAUGUGUCUCGCCCUCAGAGACCAGAGACCAAGUGGACUGCUCCCCAGAGCCGCUCUUCACAUAUGUCAACGAGAAGCUCUUCUCCAAGCCGACCUACGCAGCCUUCAUCAACCUCCUCAACAACUACCAGCGGGACACGGGCCGCGGGGAGCACUUCACAGCCCAGCAGCUGGCCGAGCAGGACACCUUCCUCAGAGAGGUCAUGAAGACGGCCGUCAUGAAGGAGCUGUACGCCUUUCUCCAUCAGCAGAACCGCUACAGCUCGGAACAAGAGUUUGUCAGUGACCUGAAGAACAUGUGGUUUGGGCUGUAUUCAAGAGGCAGUGAAGAGGGGGACUCAAGUGGCUUUGAACACGUCUUCUCAGGUGAAGUCAAAAAAGGCAAGGUCACUGGCUUCCAUAAUUGGAUCCGCUUUUACACACAGGAGAAGGCAGGCCUGGUUGACUAUUACAGCCACGUCUAUGACGGGCCUUGGGAUUCUUACCCCGACGUGCUGGCCAUGCAGUUCAGCUGGGACGGCUACUACAAGCAAGUGGGCUCAGCUUUCAUCGGCAGUAGCCCUGAGUUUGAGUUUGCGCUCUACUCCCUGUGCUUCAUCGCCAGGCCAGGCAAAGUGUGCCAGCUAAGCCUGGGCGGACAUCCCUUGGCCAUCCAGACCUACACCUGGGAGAAGUCAACCUAUGGGAACGGCAAGAAGUACAUCGCCACAGCCUAUGUGGUGUCCUCCACCCAAUAGAGCUUUGAGCCAGGAAGGGGCAUGAGGGCAGUGAGGGCUCUUGUAGGACUGAGGUGCUAUCUGCUCUGGGCUGGAGAGGGAGGGAAUGGAAGAGACUGGGAGGGAUUCCCAAAUCCAGAAAUGUCCAUAUGGGAGAGAGAGAAAAGAUACAAACUGGAGAAACAGUCAAAUCUUCGGCCUCCAGCAUUCUGGAAACAAGAGCCCAGACAGAAGCUGGGGACCCUUGAUAGCUCUUUGCCCUGAUGGGAGGUGGAACUGUGAAUAAGCCUUUGACCUCUCCAGGCCUCAUGUUUCCUUUUAAUGUAAACAGGUUUGCCCCAUUUCCUCUUUUGGGGGUUGGUGAAGGGGCCAACCUGAUGGUAUUCUUACUGUGAAGGUGUUUUCAAUUGUUCUUAAGAAGAACGGCUGAUAGAAAUUCCAGAUGACUAUAAUGGCUGUUAUUGUACACAGCUCUGCAAACUGCAAUGCAGCCCUAUGCUGGGGCCUCAAAGAAACCAGGCCAUGGAGAUCGAGGAUGGGUAUUUGGUCUUUUCUAGUGUCAGGUCCUCUCAGAACAGGGUCCGGGAGAACUCCAGCGCUGGGUGGAGAGGUUAAUGGGUGAUGCAGUGAGUAGGCUGGAGAGGGAGUAGACUUCUCCAGGCCUGGUGUUUUCACAGUCAGCUCAGUAACUGCAUCAAGAAGCCUGUAGAUAUUUAGUGCAGCUACAGAGCUGGGUUUUGAUUCCAAAUAGUUCGUGAAGGAGGUCUCCUCAGAGGAAGAAGAUUCUGCAUCAGAAGAAGAAAGGAACCUAUGGCUGGGUGUUACUAAUGUAAUUAUUUUAAGUCUUACUCAGCAGCCACAAUUUGCAUAAACUCUACAGUAGAAGACCAGGGAGACUGGGGCUCCCUAUUCCAACCUCGAUUAAGCAUUUCUUCCCUAACCCCAUUGGGAAUCAGAUGCUGUCCCACAGAACAAGGCUUGAACUAUGGUUUAGAGGAUUUGAGUCUCCAAUUAAAGUCAUUUAAGAAAAUAGGAAA